GAUGUGGUCUGCAGAGGUGGAAAGUACUACAGCUGUUGUUACUAGUUACUUUGCAGAUGAGGAUUUUAUAUACAAAACAUAUCCAUGUAUAAAUAUGAUGCAUAAUUUUAGAUAAACAGUAUAUAAAGUAGCUAUUAUUAACGCCUCCACCAGCUGUAACAUCAAAAUGCUGCUAACAGUGUAAUGCAUCAGUAAUAAUCCAAUAAUAAAUCUGACAGGGGCUAUUCUGCCACAUGAUAAGUACUUGUAUUCAGGGCUGCAAUUAAUGAUUAAUGAUUAUUAUCAUCUGCUAAUUAUUUUUUUAACUAAUCGAUGAAUCAUUUUGUCUGUAAAAUGUCAGAGAAGCAUUAAAAAAAUCUAGUUAUAAUUUCCCAGAGCCCAGGAGGGUGUCUUCAAAUUCCAUGAUUUAUUCGACCAGCAGUCCAAAACCCAAAGAUAUUCAGUUCACUGUCACAAAUGACGAAGAAAAACAACAAAUCCUCACAUUAAAGAAGCUGGAACCACAGGAUGUUUGGUAUUUUUGCUUGAAGUGUGACUGAAAUGAUGACAGAAUAUUUGAUUUGAAUAUUUGAUCUGUCAGCUCUUUGUUUAGGCAGGUACAUUUUGCUGCAAAGAGGUGUAGUUUUACUUAAGUAAAAUCAUGACUGUGGGAGCUUUUCUUGUAUUUUAACCUCAAAAUAUUGAUUAUUUUACUCAAAUUAAAUAUCUCUAUACUCUGCGUUAGUCAGAUUUUUGUGAAAUGUCAUAUUACUGCCAUCGAGCAAGUUUUAUUCAACAGCAGUGAAAAGCAGAAAUAAAGAAAUAUGUCUAAAUAAUAUGCUAUUCGAACAUAUAAAGAUUAGUGUAAGUACCUUUGACAAAGACACUGCAGGCCCCUAUGAGGUCGGGAAAGGGGCGUGACAGCUGGUAGUUUGCAGGCACAUUCAUGGUUUGGUCGGCUGGCGGAGAAUGGGAGCGAGCGCAGCGCUGCGGAGGGAGGGAGGGAGGGAGGGAGGAGGAGGAGGAACUACUGGUGGAAAAAAAGUUAAAGUAAAAAUGGCUUCCUUGUCUUUGGAGUCUACAGAACAAUCUGAGAAUAGCCCAGAGGAGCCAACGGCAACGGAGGUCAAAGAAGAAAAAGAUCCCGUCCAAGUUUCGGAACAAUUACUCCAAAGUUUCCAAAAGUCGGCUCUGAGUUUUUCCACUGACCAAGUAUCAUGUCUCUGCGAGGCCCUUCUGCAGGCGGGCAAUGUGGAUCGCCUGUGGAGAUUUCUCUCCACCAUACCUCCUUCGUCCGAGCUGCUACGUGGCAACGAGACCCUGCUGAAGGCCCAGGCACUGGUGGCUUUCCACCGUGAAGAAUUCAAGGAGCUUUACGCCAUCCUGGAGAGUCACGACUUCCAUCCGUCUAACCAUGGGUUCCUGCAGGACCUGUACCUGAAAGCCCGCUACAAGGAGGCGGAGAGGUCCAGGGGCCGCAGCCUGGGCGCCGUGGACAAGUACCGGCUCAGGAAGAAGUUCCCCCUGCCCAAAACUAUCUGGGACGGGGAGGAGACCGUGUACUGUUUCAAAGAGAAGUCACGAAAUGCCCUGAAGGAGUGCUACAAGAGCAACAGGUACCCCACUCCGGACGAGAAGAAAAACCUGGCCAAAGUCACCGGACUGUCCCUCACACAGGUCAGCAACUGGUUCAAGAACCGCAGGCAGAGGGACAGGACCCCGUCCGGGACCCACAGCAAAAGUGAGUCUGAUGGGAACCACAGCACUGAUGAUGAGGCCACCGCCAUGGACGACACCCCCGACAAACCAGAGGAGGCUGCUGGCUCCACAACUUCCAUCAUCUCUCUCUCUGCAGUCCCCUGUAGCACAGGAGGCCAGCUCAUCCUCAACGGGUCCAGUGGCUUCCUCACGGCCUCUCAGCCAUUACUCCUCAAUGGGAAUUCCCUGAUCUCCAGUACUGGUGCCGGUGUCAUAAUUAACGGGCUGAGCUUGGGCGAUUGCCAGACAGUUACACUGAGUCCUGCUACAGCCAGCUCUCCUUUGAUACUGAACGGGGCUCAGGUAAUAACCAAAUCUAGUAUCAGUGUGCAGCAGCAGCCACAGCAGACAGUCUCUGUGGCAGAGCAGGUUUCAGCCAUGGAGGCCAAGACAAGCAGUCUUCCAGCAGUUGUUCUUGGUACUAACAACACACCAGUCUCAAACCCUCCAUCCAUAAUCUCUCUUCCUUUGCAAACCAAGACAGACAGUGGCAAUGCAAUGGAUUACAUCAGUAUGCCUGAAUCAGAGGGCAACAGCCAGACAGUAUCUUCCUCUUCUUCAUCUUUAUCCCCCUCUUCACCAACUCUGUCCUCUCCAAACAGCCUCCCCUCGCUAGUCCUGACACAAAACACCCAGGAGUCCCUCACCCUCCCAGCCUCUAUGUCAUCUGCAGGCAUGGUUAUCUCCAGUUCUGCUGUUCCUCUCCCCAGUCAACAAGGGGAGUAUGUUGUCUUUGCCACUGCUGGCUCCCAGUUAAAUUCUCCUAGCUCUGUAGUUUCCUCCAGCAGUGCCACCCCUCAGGUCUUCUCUCUGCCCCAGGUUGUGCCUUCCAUCCAGGGUAUACCAGUAUCCCAGCUGGUCCAGCACUCCUCAGGAGCCCAGAUGUCCCAGUGCCCUCAGUUGGUCCCAGUAUCGCCCCUCACCUCACCAGCUCCUCAGUUUCAAAGCCCCCAGACAGUGAACACAGGCGCCAGACUGGCGCAGCAGCAACAGGAUGCUUCAACAACUCUGCCCGAAGGUGCCGCAACCAUAGUCUCUAUUUCACAGCUUAACAACAAUCAGCUGCCACAGCGAAUGGCACACCAACUGGGGGAUCAAACCACAAACUCCUCACCAAGCAAAAUCCAGGCUCCGCAGGUUAUUUCCAUCUCUUCCCCAACACAAGUAGUUCCAGUCCCCCAGGCCAAAGGCACCACACCAACACAGUUAGUCCCACUCUCCAUGCCUCAGCUGGUCCCAGUGUCUUCCAUCCAAACGUCCUCCACCAUCUCUUUCCCCCAAGUGGUACCUGCCAGUCCAUCUCUCUCCAUCCCCUCUGCUGGAGUGCCCUUACAGAUUCUGACUUCAGCUCCUACGGCUGGAGCGGUUGCACAGGGUCCUCUCAGGAUAAACCAGCUGAGGCCCAUUCAGAGCGUGGGUCCCCCAACCAGCAUGGCCCCUGGUGUGCAACUCCUCAACUCUGGGAUCAUUCAGCUGCCCUCUGCUCCUCCAGGUAACCUUCUCCUUGGUGGAAGCCCCUACCUGAGUGUCCAGCAAGGCAAGCUGAUUCUGACCAUCCCAGCAGGCAUUCAACUCACCAGUUUGCCCCUGAAACCGGUCCCAGAGACUUCAUCCAUCCCUGCUAAUGGCUUGAGCUCCGUUCUCACUCCCUCCAUUCCUCCCGUGGCCUCCCACCCUUCAACCACCUCAGGCCCAACCCCCAGUGGUCUCACAUCAUCUCCUCUGAACUUCAUCAACUCGUCUCCACCAUACUGUGCUCCAGAGACUGGGGCUACAACAAGCCAGACAUCUGCCAUCCCCUCCCCUCAUACGCUGGACCAUUCGGUCAUCCCCACAACGCCAAACACUCUCACCCCAGAGAGCAUGCUCACCCUCAGUCCCAUGUAUAGUGGAGUCACACCCAACACCCAAUUGUCCCAACCAGCAUGGAGCCCUGUGUCCCUCUCCACUUCAGCCAGUCUAACUCUGUUUGAUGUCCGCGGCAAGGGGGACCUACCUGUAGACCCGGCUUUGUUAGGCCUCCCUGGAGGAGAGUCGCUGCUUCUGGGAAGCUCCUCUCUGGAGCAGGAUGUGGAAGCCAGCUCACCACUGGGGAAUCCAGAGGACAUGGAUGGGGACUCCAAGAUUCUUACUCAGCUCCAGUCUGUCCCUGUGGAUGAUGAGCUGGGCUUGUAGUCCCUAUGUAGCAACUCCAUGCCUUGAAAAACAAAAAUGAUAAAACAAACAGUAGGUUUUUUUUUUUUUUAAUUGAUCUGAAAGAUUUUAUUCCAUAUUGUCAUCCCUCAAAGACUUAAAUGUCUUUUCCAACAUGCUGAGGUUCUAAUCAUGUACAAUGAUGCUCUCUCAGUAGGGCCUGAGCUGGCACUUUUGAUACAAACCCCCUGCAGCUCUAUUUCACAUGGAUGGGCAGGGUUAAAUGGGAUGUUCACCUGCUGGUUCAAGAUCAGACUAUUUCUGUUUUUGGCUGAGAAUUUUACGUUCCAGAGGUUUUUUUUUUUUUUUUUUUACUAAAAUCCAUAUGUGCCUUACCUGUUUUAUUAUAUCCAGACAAAAGAACUAACACAGAUUAGUCUGCUUGGCCCAGUUCCAGGACCUGGUGUAAAAAAAAAAAAAAAAAAAAACUAUAUUAUACAAGGUGUCAUGGUUUUGCCAAGUCUCUCAGAUUGUCUUUGCAGUGUUGUGAACUGCAGGCCAGGCUCAGCUGUCCUUAGAAGAAGAUGCCUAAGGUUUUUGCUGGCAGUAGAAGCAGUUUGUUGAGGAUCCACCACAAUAACUAUACACCGGACUAUCUGGCUAAUGGACAAAUCUUGAAAUAUUUGCCUGCCUCUCCAGAACUUCAGAGAUUUAGGAGUUUGGUUUGGUUGUUUUUCACAGCCUGAACAUAUUGUUCAACUAACACUCCAGGAACAUAGUGAGGAUUAUAUUCCUCUCAAACAGAAGUGAGUUGAGGCGGUUGAGCUUUAUGUGAAUCAGCUGAAAUUAGUUUGCCUUCACUAUUAUUACAUCUUAGCUUCGAGGGCAAUACAGUGUUUUAUUACUACACAUUACUGAAGUCUGGGUUAAACAUGCAGCCUACUUCCAUCUUAUCAGAAAACUGUUUUAAAUUAGUUUCUGCAGUUUUCUAGUGAGAAUGCUGCCCCACAUCAGUAAAAAGAUACCACAGGAAAUAAAAGGGUUUAUACUCUAUGCAAUGCAUGUUUAGUACUUUAUAGGACACUAAGUAGCACAAUGGCUGACUCAAAAAGCCAGUGCACUUGGGAGAUGAAAAAGGAGCUUUGAAAUACUGAGCUUUUAAAUGAAGCAUGACAGUGCGUUACACUAAAACGUUUGCUGUGAUCCCACUAAGUGACAUUUGUUGUCAAAUGCAUCUGAAAUCUCUGUCCGUUGAUAUUGUUAAGUGCCUUAUUUUAAAGCUUACAGGUCUGAUGUUUUUGAAAAAAUGUUUUGAGGUUUUACAAACACCAACAUUUCUGUAUCUGUUUGAUCUCCAGUGAAACAUAAUGUGACAGUUUUGGUUGCGCAGUCAAAGCUCUAUCUCCUCUUUUUGUAUAUUUUGCACAUUUCAUUCACACAAUGUUUACGCUGCGCUGCCAUGUUGUUAUGACAGUGGUACGACUCAUAUUUCUUAAUUGGACUGUAAUAAUCCCCACUUGAAAGAACAGCUGAAGAGGUAAAUCAGAAAACAGAAUACUGAUUUCCUGAUAAAAUCUGUUGUAAAUUGAUGGAAUAGCUCCUUCAAUUUAAACCUAUAAUACUUGUCAUUGUAUGAGCUUUCUACUGUCAUAACACAGGUAGCGGUCAAAUCUUUGACCAAUUAUGGUACACAAAAAUAUACUUCAGUAUCGCAUCUAGUUACAAUAAUGGCCUAUGUGGUUUUUUUUCUUAGUAUGUUUGUUGUUUGUCUCUUUUGUACAUUUAAUCUAUUUAAAGCAUGUAUCAAUCAGUUUUUAGUUUAACUGAAAGAAAAUGAAUCCUUGGGCGGGGGGGGGCUGAUAGGAAAUGAUAUUCAUUUUCACUUGGAAGGUCACAUUGUUGUGCAAACUGAGGUUUUACAAUCUCAGACUACAGGUAUUAAAUCGAUCAUUAGGUCAUUAAUACUCAUUUUUAAAUAGGUCACCCCCAUAGUAAUAAAUUUUAAGGUAAUUUGUUCCCAGUGUUCUUUGGGUAGAUAAUGAAAUAGCUUGGACAAAUCAAUUUUAGUCUGAAUUUUACUGAACUUUUAAAUUAGUUAAGGGUAAAGGGAAAUGUGCUCUUUAUAUAUGUAAAAUAUGGUAGCUUGUGUUUUGUUUAUAUGAGCCAUUUCUUACCAAAGUUUGUUGACAUCAAAGCCUGUGAGGGCUUAUGCACAUUUUUAGUUCUGUUUGUUUGUAGUGUGGGAUUUGUUUUUUACUCUCCUUCCUGACACAUAAUGUAUAUGACUCCAGAUUUAACCAAAGAUAUUGUAUUUUGAUCGACUUUUUUUGAUAGUUCUGAAAGGGAUCAUUUGUGUCUGUCAUUCAAGGGUCUUGUUUUCUCAUUUUUGUAUUCAAAUGCAUUCUAUUUUUUUAUAUUAUAUGAUAUUGUAAUAAACUACAUUUACAAACUGGU